UCACUCUGUUGAUAAGCAGAACGUAAGCAUGCGAUUGAUCGUUUGUAGUAAAUAUUUUAGAGACGAUAUUUUGCAGUAAACAGUUAAACACGAUAAAGAAACAUGGCUAAUCCGAAUCUAACUGAUAUGACAGAGGAAGACGCUGCUGAUUUACAAUUUCCGAAAGACUGCUCAUCGAGUGUAACAGAAAAAAUCGAGCAUGAAGUAGAACUCGACGUGUCAGUCAUAAAGGAUGAAAUCAUUACCUCAGACCCAACAUGCCACAUUUGCAAAUCUACCUUGAUGGAGCCGUAUGUUCGUUGUGCUAUGUGUAAUAACAUGGAACUGUGUCCUCUUUGUUUUUCCAAUGGAUCAGAAAUUGGCGAUCACAGAAAUGAUCAUGAUUACAUCAUUAUCAAGAACGAAUUUCCUUUGAUCGAUGGGAGCGAUUGGACAGCGAGACAGGAACUAGAGUUCUUAGAUGUUUUACAGGAAUGUGGUUUCGGUAAUUGGGCUGACAUGGCAAAAAGAAUGCAAGGAAAAUCUGCGGAAGAAUGUAGAAAUCAUUAUCUACAACAUUACAUUAACAAUCAGACCCUACCAGGAUUGCCAAAAAUCAGAGAAACGAAAACAAGCUUAUUUGGUUGUGAACCUAUCCCUUAUCUAUAUAAAAUGCAAGACCUGGAAGAGCCACCACGGUUUGCACCGAAUAGUCUUAACUGUAAGCUUUUGGCCGGGUAUAAUCCUGCAAGAUCCGAUUUUGAAAUCAAUUUUGACAAUCAUGCCGAAUUAUUGAUCUCCGAUUUGAAUUAUGACGAAUUCGAUAAAAAGGAUAAUAAUUAUGAAUUAGGAGAAGCAUUGCAAGUAGCUAUAGUACAAGCAUAUAAUAAUAGGCUGAAGGAGCGUAUGAGGAGACGGAAAAUUAUACGUGAUCACGGGUUGAUCGCGUUUAGAAAAACUAUAUCGUGGAUACAACGGUACGAGUGCACUAUAACCAGAACGCUUGCAGAAAGACUGUUAAUUUUCAUGCAAUUACUCAAGGGUGUAGAAUUCGAUUAUUUUAUGGAAGGCUUGCACAGGGCAGGGGAACUCAAACAUUAUCUGAGCAAACUCUUUGAAUUUCGCAGCAGUGGGCUAAAGCACUUCCAUAGCGUACCCAUGUUCCAGAAGUUGAACAAAAUUAGACAAGAAAACGAGAAGGAAAGAAAACAAUAUUUAAAUAACCCUGAGUACAGUUGGAAGAGCCUAGCGCCAGGUGGUGCAAUUAACUUCAGUAAUCCCAUUUCGAACGCGAUGUCACAACGAAAAGCCGCGCCACCACUCGCAAUCAAAGGGCUUCCAGGAUACGAGAGAUUGACGCCAGCUGAGAAAGAACUUUGCUCAGUUACUCGUAUAAUACCUACUAAUUACCUUGACUUCAAACAAAUUUUAAUAACGGAAAGCAAGAAGAGCGGUUCCUUGAAAUUAGCACAAGCCCGGGUUUUACUUAAGAUCGAUGUAAAUAAAACGCGGAAAAUAUACGACUUUCUUACGGAGAAAGGAUAUAUUAACAAACCAAAUCAAUGACGUACAGUAUAGUCUAGUGAAAUUAUGCAAAUUUUAUAUGUAUCUUCUGAUGAAAUUGUGAUAUUACAUGUUAAGAUUUAUAAAUAAGAAAGUAGAAUAAGAAUUUAAAAAUCGACUGACAGUAAUAAUGUGUGCACGACGAGAUGGCUCUUGAAUUCCAUUGAUUUUUAUGACGGAUAGGGGCCAUCGAGUCAUUCGCGCACGGUAUAUGUAAUAAUGUGUAAAAAGUAAUAUAACAAAGAGUAAAAUGUGCACACUAAUAUAUGAUCCGUAUGAUUACAUAUAUGUAUCUAUAUAAUACUAUUUUUGAGUUUUGUACCGUGUACACCUGAUAUAUACAUACGCAAUAAGAUGUAUUAUUUUAUAAAUCAUGAUUAAUAAAAUACAUAUUUCAAAUUAA